UUCACUUUCACAAACAUAUACAAAAAGAAAGACAUCACCAAACCAAGAGAUGAUAAUGAUGAAGUUUAGGUCAAUAAAGUUGUCUAGGGGCUUUUCCAAAUUACGUUGUCUUAAGACCAACGAUGACAAUGAUAGUAACAAUAGUAGGGUUAGCCUCCAAAGUUGUGGCACAACAAAUGGCAUAGAAGUCAAAUGGGAAGUACGACCAGGUGGGAUGCUUGUUCAGAAGAGAGAGGUUAGAGAGGAAAGCAUCGAAGAAGAGAUUAUGGUAGUUAGAGUUGCAACUGGUUCGCAGUGGUAUGAUAUAUCCAUCCAAUCCACUUCAACUUUUGGAGAAUUGAAGAUGAUAUUAUCAAUGGUGACUAGUUUGGAGCCAAAAGAGCAAAGACUAUUGUUCAAAGGGAAAGAGAGAGAGGAUGGGGAAUAUCUACAUAUGGUUGGGGUUAGAGAGAAAGACAAAGUGUUGAUGUUACAAGAUCCAGCCACCAAGGAGAGGAAACUUGCUGCAAAUCUCAUGGUAGCUCCAUAUCGUACAAUCACUAUAUAGAGAUGAUCAGCAAUAUGUAUGUAAUUUGGAAUUAGGAAAUUACCUUAUCUUAUUAACACCAACUUUUAAAGUAAAAGAUUGGAGUUAUUUGUAUGUUGACUAGUGUUUUGUUUUAUCAUUCUCUCUUUAGUCGACAAGUAUCGAUUAACCGGAAAGCUACUAGAGGUUUGUAUGUAUUCUAGAUCCAAAGUUUUCAAUCCCGGAACUAUGUACAUAUUUUAAUUUAUGA